AAUGCUAGAAAUAACUAUACAAAGAAUAACGAAAUUCUGGUUACAUCCAAGUAUUAUAUUUAACAAUUCAUCUAUGGGCAAACGGCUACAUGAGAUUAUGUCCCACUUUAAUAAAAUAACGAACGAGAUUAUAAAGAAAAAAAAGGAGUCAAUGAAUGAAGAUAACUUUACCCGAGAAGGAAAAGAUCUACAUGCAAGAAAAAAUACCAAUCCAAUCCUAGACGCCUUAUUUAAGUCAUUUUACGAGACAGGAGAAUAUUCGGAGACAGAUAUUUAUAAUGAAAUAAAUACUAUAGUUAUUGCAGGAAGUGAUACUGCCGCUAAUACACUUACAUAUUUAUUUUUAAUGCUUGCCACGUUUCCGGACAUUCAAAAAAAAGUAUACGAAGAGUUGUACGAUAUGUACGGCUCAAGCGAUCCUGUAGAUGUUCCUUUUACAAUGGAAGAUACUAAGAAAAUGAAAUAUCUGGAACGAGUCAUCAAAGAAACUUUACGUCUUUUUCCUGGUGUUCCAGUUUUUGGGCGAACACUAUGUAGCGAUAUAAAAGGUAUUUUUACAUAUAAUGAAAUAUUUUUUGUUUAUUCUUUUCUUCUGUUGUCCUUACUGUUUUAUGUAGUAAUAAUAUUAUUUUUUCCAAUAUUUUCACUUCACCGAAAAGAUAAAUAUUGGACCGAUCCCUUAAAAUUUAAUCCGGAUCGGUUCUUGCCAGGAAAUUACAAUCCUAAAUGUUUUCUCCCGUUUAGCUUUGGGAAAAGAAGAUGCAUAGGACAAAUAUUUGCAAUGAUCACAAUUAAGGCAAUUGCUGCUACUAUAUUGAGAAAAUUUGCCGUUCGAAUAGACGAUGCAUUAUCAAUUGAAAAUAUUAAUCUAAUAUUCGGCAUAACUUUGAAAUCAGCGGAACCUAUUUUUUUGAGAUUUAACAAGAGAUAA